UUGUCCGGGGUCCGGGUUCUGAAAUUUGCUGGUUUUCCAUGGAAUAGGAAAAUAUCCUAAUUUAUUUAUGAAUGCAUAGCUGAUUGUGUAAAUCAUAUAGAAGAGUGUAAUGAAACAUUUGUCAUUUGCUUGGUUUUUCGAGCGCAGCAUUUGGAAAGUUUGGUUCGAUAACAGUAAAAAACAGGGAAUUUGUGAGUUAUUUCGGUAUAUUUAUAUCCCUUUCGACCGUGUAUUGUGCAGAAGUUUUCCACCUUUAAAGGGAUUCGUGAUCGCUGAGUUUUUGUGGUUUGUUGAGAUUCAGUGUGUAAUUUGGUUACGUACAUAAUCGUGUGCCAGGAUUGUAGAUGUGCUUGACAAGUCACAAGUGCUAGCGUUAUCGCUUACACGUGGCAAGCCACUACACUGUGAGUGUGUGACUGCAGCACGUUUUUUGUGAUUACGUAAGCAGCGUAAACCAGUUCUCGCUAGUUAUAAGUUACAAGAGUCAUCUUCGGCUUCGCCUCAGAUGCUCUUGUGGUCUACAGUCAUUUCCUUGAAAAAUAAUUCUUAUUCGUUUAUUUUUGAAGCCUGGUUUAGUGUAUGUUUUUACAUUGUAUGAUUGUAUGACUGUAUGAUUGUAUGACUGUUCAUUACUUCAGUUAGCUUAAUCUAAUCAGGAAACAUCAUUACAUAGCUGAUCGGUUCAUUUUAUGUGAAGCAAAAUGGUUAGUAACACGACUAAUAAUCGGAGAGCGGUCAGCGGUGCUAAGUUUCUAAUAAUUCUGCUUCGCUACUUCUUAAUAACUGAUCGAUCGUUUUUGAUCGAGUACAAUAAUAUCCUUUGUUCAGUAACCAGUAGGUUUGAUCGGUAAAUACAGUAGUGUGAAUUUUUGGAAAAUUCCAUUCAUUCAGUCGGCAGCAAGGAGUUUGUAGUGAUAACGAGCAACAGAGAUCACGUUGUCCUAAUCACCGAACAUUAGUAACCGCAACGGCGGGUCCAUAAUUUCCGUUUACGCAGCAGCCCGGAUUAAUGGUCCUUAAACACUGAUAUGACCUGUGGGUUGGCUCUUUCUGAAUUUCGAUUGUUUCCGGAUAACUGUUUCCAAAAACGUUUUUGACAGAGAUUUUAAGCAUCUAAUGGCGUUUGCAUUUAAGUUCACGGGAUGUCGUUCUACCCGGUACUAGGUAGUCAAACCGUUCUACCCGGUACUAGGUAGUCAAAAAUUUUUGUUUAUUGGCAAUGGCCACCAACAAAACAAAAACUAGCCCUCGCGGUCACACUGUUUGUGGUAGGGGGUGGUAAGGCCGGUGGUAAUUGAGGAUCUCGGACCAUGGCGACCAUUCCUUUUAUUCAGUAGGAUUGGUCGGCGGAUAGACAUGCCAGCUUCUGCACAAUUCUGUUCGUUUGACAGCUGGAGCAUUAGCGUUCUGCUGGACAAUGAUAACGGUUCUGCUCUUAUCUGCUCUAAGCCAGUAACGCUAAGAUAAUAUCCCUUCCCUGAAACUUCAGCUUCCAUUCACUCUACAGGCCUGAUCGACGGUCAGUAUGUUUCCUGUAACUCAGUAGGUCUGGUUAGUGGAUAGUGUUACUAGUACCUUUGUGCGGUACUGUUCAUUCGACAGCUCAAGAACUUUGUUAGCAUCGAACAGUGGGUACUGGGCAAGGGUUCCGUUGGGUUCCGUUCUCAUAUGCCGGUCUGGUCCGUGAGCUUUUCAUUGUAUAGGAAAACUAACGGUCAGUAAACUUUCGCUUGCAAACUAUGGUUAGACACUGCCUGUUUUCUCACUACCACCGAGUGGACGAAGUGCGAUUUCGCCUCUACGUAAUAUGUAAAGGAACUAUGCAGGGAUGGAGCCGAAUCCUGGACAUAAUCAACAGGGUAACCACAACGGUGAGGAAGCACAGGCGCACCAUGGUGAUUUACAUCUUGUUUUUGCUGGACAGUGAUGUCGUCAAAUCUCCCUUCAUCGGCCUGAGUUUCCUUUUACACGAGAGCAGCGGAUCCAGAAUGUGACAGUUAACUCUGCAUUUCUCCAAAAUUCUCGACUUUGUCUUUGCAUUUCCGCCCAUUACAGUUUCAUUGGUUCGACUGCCUUAUUGAUAUAUUUAUAUUCCGCAACGUAAUUAAUCGAUCUAUUAAUCAUCCUGAUCUGGCCAAAGGUUCCGUGCAUCACACAUUAUUAUCGAUGUUCCAAAAAUGUCGAUACGAUUUGGGGAAUGCGGCCCCCGCUCCGGUUAACCUGCAAGCCGAUGUCCCCCACCUGCAGCACCUCCUAGCCAACGGGGAACAGGCGUUUUUCGCCCUGAAUGUGGCGUUGGCGACGUCCGAAACUCGUCGGGGGGAACUGAGGAAACAACUGGAGCAAAUAGAAGACCGGGUUUACGAUGCGGAGCAGCGCGCCUCCUUCGAAGAAGAAGGUCGGGUGGAGGCGGAGCGUUCGGCUGGGGAAGAGCGUAGCGGUCGGAUGGAUGCGGAACGUUUGGCGGCGGAAGAGCGCGCUCGUCGAUUGGCCACGGAGGAAGAGCUGACAGAACUGCGCGCCGCCAUGCGGGACAGAAACUCCAGCAGUCCCCCGGUGGCGUUGCUCAUCGGCGGAGUAGUGGGAUUUGUGGUUGGAUUCUUCUUGUGGAAGCGCAACCAAUAAAUUUGACCUUGAUUACCUGCGUAUCACUGGAUUGAUUGGGAUUUCCUGGAUGUUUUCUGCGGCCUUUAUUUAUGUUAUUAUGUUCAUGGGAUGAGGGUGGAAGGUUCGUGAGUGGUGUGCGGCUUCGUCGUUUUUGAUGUACGUUUUUUGCAUGCUGGAGCAGUAAACCAAUUUAUCGGUUUUUAUUUUAUCGCCUGUAACGUUCUCAGUUUUUGAGUGAUAACCCUUCAUGAUUGUGGAACAUACGGCACAUCUGUAAAAUUGUUGUUUUGGACGCGGCGAGUUUUUCUCCAAGGCGAUCGAUCUCGUUGUGGAAGAGUACAGUUACAGCUUGAAUGUCAGCUGCUGCAUUGAGCAUUGCUCGUAGUACUGUAUUGCUUUUUCUCCUGAUUUGAGCACAUUCCAUUUUAUAGUUUUUUGAGUGGGAUUUUAAGCAUUAUGCUGGAACGAAAUAAAACUCAGUUGCCGCAAAGUCUGAUGC